ACUCUCUUGCUCUCUAUCUUCCCCUUUUUUUCCAGGAAAUAAAAAUGCAGCAGAUAAUGGUGUUGGCAUUGGAUCUCCAUGACAAUUCAAGCUGCAAGAAAAAGGCCAUGAAGAUAGUCAGUUCUGUUCCUGGAGUUGAUUCAAUCACAUUGGACGUGAAAGAGAAGAAAUUAACCCUAGUAGGGAACAUGGACCUAAUGCAAGUGGUUACCAAAUUAAGGAAGGUGUUUUACACUAAUGUAGUCACAGUUGGUCCUGCAGAAAAGCCUCAAUAACCCAAAGAGUUUAAGAACCCUAAUUUUUAGACGUAUCUAUUUUUGGCUCUAAAAGAAUUGAACUUUUUAUUUUAUUAGAAUAUAGAGCAUGUAAAAGAGUCGUAUUUGUGGUAGGACGAGCGAGAGGAGUUGUCACUUUGAGUAUUUAAUUUACAUAAAAAUUACGACUUAAUAUUUGGUGAAAACAAGUUCAAUUAUAUGAUGGAUAUAUAUUAUU